AUGUCCAUGAUCAUGAAGAAGCCUCUCGAGUUCUUCAUGGUUGAUGCAUUCACUGAGUCAGCCUUCAAAGGGAACCCAGCAGUAGUGUGUUUUCUUGAUUGUAAGGAGAAUGAGAGAGACGACCUUUGGCUUCAGUCUCUGGCCGCUGAAUUCAACGUGGAUCUAUGUGCUCAUGCAACCUUAGCAUCUGCUCACUCUCUCUUCUCAAACGGUUUGGUUGAUUCAGAUCAGGAAAUCGAGUUUGCCACUCACUCGGGGAUUCUAACCGCUAAAAAGGUUUUGGAAACUGUCAAGCUCUAUGACUAUGAAAAGAAAAAACCUUUCUUGAUUGAAUUGGAUUUCCCUGUGAUUCCAACAUGUGAGUACAACUCCUCAAGUGACAUCUCCAUGUUUUCCAAAGCCUUAAAUGGAGCUACCAUUGUUGAUAUCCGAGCAACCACAACCGAUACAAUCACCUCCAAAGCAGCUUCAACCGAUAAAAUCAUUCCAAGAAUGGAUGAUAUGUUGAAAUGCCCUGGAAAAUUGAUUAUUGUUACAGCUGCUGCUCCUGAAGGAUCUGUCUAUGAUUUCUGUAGCCGGAACUUCGCCCCCAAAUUAGGAGUCGAUGAGGAUUCUGUUUGUGGAAGUGCACAUUACUGGAGCCUCAAGAUGAACAAGUGUGACUUUGUCGCUUACGCGGCUUCGCGUAGGAGUGGAACAGUGAAGGUCCAUUAUGAUAAGGAGAAGCAGAGUCUUUCUCACUGGGAAAGCUGUCACUGUGAUGAAAGGCUCUGUCUUAGUUUAAAUCUUUGA